AGUAUAACUUGCGAAUUCUGAUAGGUUCACGGAAUCGUGUCCUCCCGAAUUCACUCUGUGAUACCAACGCACAAUGUCAUGUCGUAUUGGCUCUGUCAGGCGAAUGGCUACACUACAUAGACCUUCGUUAACAGGGAAAAGGUGUGCUAGUCACAUCGGACAUGAUUCAAUUCGUUAACGCGAAAUUCCAGUCCUACAGCCAUUGUUAUGUUGAACAUGGGAGGACCUUCGACAGUACCAGAGACCUAUGACUUCCUCAAAAAUCUGUUCAUGGAUGGCGACCUCAUUCCGUUACCUUUUCAACGCGUUAUAGCUCCUCUCAUUGCCAAGCGGCGGACUCCUCAAAUCGAGAAGCAGUAUGCUGACAUUGGCGGUGGUUCUCCCAUUCUCAAGUAUACAGAGAUGCAAGGAGCUGGUAUGUGUGAACUACUGGAUGAGCUGCACCCAGAAACUGCUCCGCACAAACCUUAUGUCGCGUUUCGUUAUGCGAACCCGCUGACACAGGAGACCGCACAGAGGAUCAAGGCAGAUGGUGUGAAGAGGGCAAUUGCAUUUACACAGUAUCCACAGUACAGCUGUAGUACGACUGGAAGCAGUUUGAACGAACUUUUCAGACGGGGGAGGGCAGGCGAGAUGGGGGACAUCGAGUGGAGUGUGAUAGACCGCUGGGGUACUCAUCCAGGAUUCAUCGAGGCUGUUGCACAAAACAUUGAGGCUGCCCUGGCCAAAUUUCAACCAUCAGCACGCUCAGACGUGGUUAUUCUGUUUUCGGCUCACUCAUUACCCAUGUCGGUAGUGAACCGAGGUGACCCAUAUGUCCUCGAGGUUUCCGCAUCUGUCAAUGCCGUUAUGGACAGACUCGGCCACUCAAACCCAUACCGUCUUGUCUGGCAAUCGCAGGUCGGACCUUCCGCGUGGAUGGGCAUGCAGACAGGGGAGGCUAUCAAGGGUCUUGCUCGCCUCGGUAAGAAGGAAGCAAUUCUAGUCCCCAUUGCAUUCACGAGCGAUCAUAUCGAGACGCUUUACGAACUGGAUCUCGAGUAUCUGAAAGAAGGAAAGGAGCUGGGGAUGGAGCUACAUCGCGCAGAGUCAUUGAAUGGAUCUCCUGUGUUCAUCCGUGCGUUGGCAGACAUUACGGCAAAGCAUCUGCGUGACUAUUCUGCGAGGAGGAUUGGGCCCACGAGUGUUCAGAUGGGGCUUCGGUGUCCGGGCUGUAAAAAUAUGACUUGUAGCCAGCAGAAACAUUGGUUCGCUCGUGCUGGACGUUCCUAGCCGUUCGUUCCCAGUCAAAACUCGCAACAGGCUCAGCCCCGCUCAGACAGCCCGCUUAGGAAACCUGGCUGAGUGUGGAUGUUUGAACCACCUCCUGGAUAUCCCUGUAUGACUUCGUAACUAGUUUACUGCAUGGAUAGCCCUGUAUACAUGUGGAGGUAGCAAAAUAUAACACGAACACUUGUAU